GUUAUCGAUGUGUCUAAACCGUAUUUCUUCAAAGUGGAAAGUUGAAAAACUCAGCUGAUGUUUAUUUUUGCCAACGAUUAAUUAUGAAAUGAAGUUGUUUUAAUCGAUAAAAUAAAUUGUUUGGAAACAUCAAGAGUAACCUCUAAUAGAUAUAUCCUCAAAAGAUGGCAUCAAACUCUACUGAUGAUGCAAUCAGCAAUCGUGAACCUAUCAACAAAUUAUUGUUAACUUGGCUUUUAGCAUGGAAAAAUGACUGUGCUCGCAUCGGAUCCAAAAUGGAAUUUGUAUAUCUUAGAGCAAUUAAAUCGUUACAAAGUCACAAGGAAAAUUUAUAUUCUGGCGCGGAUUGUAAUGCGUUGAAAUAUUUUGGAGAUAAGAUUUGCGCGCGUAUUGACAAAAAGAUUGCUGAACAUUUCAAUCUACCCUCUGAAACUGGCCAAUCAACUAAUAAUGUACCAUCUUCCCAAGAUUUACCCAUGAGCCAGCUGGAAAUAGAUGAACCAGGUCCAUCAUCUCAGUCGAGUCAAAUUUCAUCUCAGCUGUCUCAAAGUUCACCAACAAAGAAAAAAACAACAAAAAAGAAGACAGACAGAAAAUAUGUCCCAAGAUAUAGAUCGGGAGGAUAUGCUAUCCUUAUGGCCCUGUAUAGAGCUGAGUUAGAGCACGAUCUUGACAUGUUACCAAAAAAUGAGAUUCUCCAGAGAGCUCAGCCUUAUUCCGACGAACCGAUGAUCAAUCCCAAUGGAAUUGGAUACUCUUCAUGGUCAUCAAUGAAUACUCUUAUCAAACAUGGAUAUGUCGAAGUUAAAAAACAUCGCUAUUCGACUUAUCGCUUAACUGACGCAGGUCGUGAAAUCGCUGGUAGAUUGGUUUCCACUGAAGAAGAGCUGAAUGAAGAUUUUGUUCCCAUUAAUGGCCGUAUUGUUCUAGAACCAGGAACCUUUGACAUAUAUCUUAUCAUCGAUUCAAGAGAGCAAUAUUCUGGAGGUGGAUCUGAUAUGAGAAAAACUGGAAUUAUUACUGAAUUUAUGAAUCGUGAGAUCAAAUGCCAAAUGGCCAAACUUCCAGUUGGUGAUUUUGCUUGGGUAGCAAGAGAACGGCUUGACAAUGAUUUACGAUUAGCUACUCAACCUUAUAGAAAAGAAUUGUUAUUGGACUACGUUAUUGAAAGAAAACGUUAUGAUGAUUUAGCGUCAAGUAUCAAAACAGGACGAUUAGGUGAACAAAAAUAUCGUCUACUUCACUGUGGGGUUAGACGGCCUAUGUAUCUGAUAGAAGAUUUUGGUUAUCAUCGUCGAAAUGAAAGUUUAUAUCAGGCAAUGUACCAAACAAUUAUGGACACAAUGGUUAUUGAUGAAUGCCUAGUCAAACAAACUCGAAGUUAUUCAGAGACAAUCGAUUAUCUAGCCAUGAUGACUAAAUAUUUGACUUCCAUGUAUUCUUGUAGAAAGCUUUAUUCUUGCUCCAAAGACGAAAUGAUUUCAGGAAAUAUGAGUGCCAACCAUUUUAUGACUCUAAAUGAAUUUAAUCUCUGUGCCGAGAAAAUAACCAACUUUACCAGCCAAGAAAUGUUUAUCAAGCAUUUACUUAAAUUCAAAGGACUCUCAGUGCCAAAGGCUAAAGCCAUUGUGAAUUAUUAUCCAACAGUUACAGCUCUAUUAGAAGCAUACGAGUUAUGUGAGACCGAAAAAGAGAAAGAAUUUCUAUUAUCGGAAAUCACUUAUGGCAACUUCGAGAGAAAACUUGGACCCAACCUUAGUCGAAAAAUUUAUCGUUUUUACAAUAUAAAGUUAACUAAUUCAUCUGAUUCUUCAAAUCUAUCACAGGAUACCGUAUAAAUCAGCUUCCAUCAUCAACAACCAAUCUAUUAAAGAGUUUAUCACAAUUUUAUUUUUUUCCCUUUCAAUUGUAAAUAAUCAUUUCUUGUUUACUGAUUUCAAAUUAAACAAAUUGUUCAAUUUUGA